AUGGCCGCGUCCCCGCACACUCUCUCCUCACGCCUCUUGACAGGUUGGGUAGGAGGAUGUGUCUGGUAUUUAGAAAGAAGAGCUAUACAGGAAUCCCCUCACAAGUUCAUGCACCUUUUCAGGAAUGUCAAUAAGCGGUGGAUUACAUUUCAGCACUUUAACUUCCUGAGAUGCAUGUAUGUCACACAACUGAACAGAUGCCUCAGCCAGCAAGUAAAACCAAAGCCAGAACCAGUGGCAUCUGCUUUCCUUGAAAAAACAUCUUCAUGUCAAGCCAAAGCAGAAAUAUAUGAAACGAGACCUCUCCCGCCUCAGAGCCUAUCUUUGUCCAGAAAGCCAAAUGAAAAGGAAUUGAUAGAACUAGAGUCUGCCUCCAUAAUUCAAGGCUCGAUAGAUGUGGAAGAAGAGACAAAAGAUGAAAAGCAGUGGAAAGAGAUGAAGCUGCAUGUCGAUGACUUGCCAGGAAUUUUGGCUCGACUAUCCAAAAUCAAACUCACAGCUCUAGUUGUAAGUACUACUUCAGCCGGAUUUGCAUUGGCUCCAGGACCUUUUGACUGGCCCUGUUUCCUGCUUACUUCUGUUGGAACAGGCCUCGCAUCUUGUGCUGCCAACUCCAUCAAUCAGUUUUUUGAGGUGCCAUUUGACUCAAACAUGAAUAGGACAAAGAACAGACCUCUGGUUCGUGGACAGAUCAGCCCGUUGCUAGCUAUGUCCUUUGCCACUUGUUGUGCUGUUCCAGGAGUUGCACUUCUGACCUGGGGGGUGAAUCCACUCACAGGAGCCCUGGGAGUCUUCAACAUUUUCCUGUACACCUGCUGUUACACACCACUGAAGAGGAUCAGCAUUGCCAACACAUGGGUCGGAGCUGUGGUUGGGGCCAUCCCACCCGUCAUGGGCUGGACAGCGGCUACUGGUAGCCUCGAUGCUGGGGCAUUUCUUCUGGGAGGAAUCCUCUACUCCUGGCAGUUUCCCCAUUUCAACGCCCUGAGCUGGGGCCUCCGCGAAGACUACUCCCGGGGAGGCUACUGCAUGAUGUCUGUCACUAACCCGGGCCUGUGCCGGCGCGUGGCGUUGCGCCACUGCCUGGCCCUGAUCGGACUGUCCACGGCGGCCCCCGUCCUCGACGUCACCACGUGGGCCUUCCCGGUCUUCUCCCUCCCCAUCAACUUGUAUAUUUCCUACCUCGGCUUUCGGUUCUACGUGGAUGCGGACCGGAAGAGCUCCCGGAGACUGUUCUUCUGCAGCCUGUGGCACCUGCCCUUGCUCCUGCUGCUCAUGCUCACCUGUAAGCAGCCGCCAGGUGGGAGCCACGACAAGGGAGACCCUCCGAGCUGAAAUCAGAUGAGCAUGUGGGAAAAAAACAAAAAUCGUACGGGGGGAGACGAUUUAUUUCCCUUUACGGUUAGGCAAGAAUAUUUUGAUAAUUCUGGAGCAUAAGAAGAGAAAUCGCUGGUGUUAGCACAAAAUUGUAAAAUAAUUUGGUGCUCAGUGAUGACUUUAAAAAAAAAAAAAAUCCAAAAUGCUCCCCAAAUAAGAAAUGGGUUGGCUCAGUUGAUCAAUUCAAAGAAAGAAUAUUGUUCUGUUUGAGGGUCUUUAUACAUCUCUUCCUCCAGCCCCACCCCCCGCUAUUUUUGUUCUUCCUUGCAUGGAUGUACACACGCACAUCUGCCUUCUCUGGCUCCUCCUGCACACACGCGCACACACACAUAUACACACACAUACUCACCCCAGCUGCCAGCUGGAGUGGCAGUUGGUGGCCAGACAAGGUGAGCACUCUAUACAGAACUAUAGUUCUGUAUCCCUCAGUCCCUUGAGGGCCACGGCAGAGGAAAUGCACACACUGUAACCCAAAUCACCCCCUUCCCUGUGAAUAAGGCCCAGCUCUGGCUUGCUCCACCCCACACAUAUUCUCACCAACAAUAAGACAAUACAAAGGAUGGGUUUGGAGGGGGGAUUCCAGUGGUUGCCUGGGAAUCUCAGUUUGGACCGCCAACCCUGACCCCCCCCACCCCCUUUACAUAUCAACCUUUUAAAACUCCAAGGAAUCAAAGGCAUCUUUAUAUUUCACUUUAAAAUACAGGCGCUAUCUCAGCAUUUCUUUCUUAAUAGUCAAUACCAGAAAUCCCUCCGGCUGUGGUCCCAUUACUGUACCUCUUGAGUCACUCCUGUGGAUCGGCAGCUCUUCUUUGCUACACGACUUUCUCACAUGUGUGAGAAGUUAGAAGAACAUUCUUGUCACUCUAGUGACAAAUACAUUUCCACCCAGGUAUCUCCUGAAUUCAGAAACUGGCCUCCACAGGGCCGAUGGCUUUAAUAGCCAGAUGCACGAGUUAGGCUCCCAGUGGGAGUGGUUCUGGUUUUGGGAGUUUUGUGAGUUACCUGUAGCCAGGUGUGGUCUCAGGUACUGAACAGUCACCUAUAGUUCCUCAGUCCUCACCCAUAACCCCACAGGUCCACGUAGAUCCCAUUUUCUUGAAGGUCUGGAAGCUUGACAGGAUGUUUCAGUUACUCAGUCUCCCAGAUCUCAUGAGGUUUAAGCAACAUUUAAACAGUCAUUUCAAUAUGCUUGUUCUGCAGAAAUUUCUAAGAUGAUUGCAGAUUGCAUUCAAUCCCUGUUCCUAUUAUCUGAACUAUUACCUCUUGGCUAUCUCCAGGUUAUUUAUGUGGGGAACAUGGCAUUGGGAUGUCUACAAAGAGCAUCCACAACUCGUUGCAGCUCUCACAUUGUAAAACGCAUUGACUCUCUUUUCCUUCUGCAGUAAAGCAGUACGUAAGAACAGGAGUGAGUGUGAUUGUACCAUCUUGUGCCGAGCUGCCAUGGGUCUUGACAACACCUGACUCAUACCUUCACACGGGGCACAUGGGGAUUUCUUGGGUUUUUUUAAUUUUUAUUUUUUUAAUUGUAAAUUGACAAAUUAUAGUUGCAUAUAUUUAUGGGAUACAAAGUGGUGUUAUGAUUUAUCAACACAGUGUGGGAUAACUAAGUCAAACUAGUUAACAUAUUCAUCACCUCACACGCUUAUUUUUUAUGGUGAGAA